AUGGCGUCCAGACCUACUGUUUCCGUGCAAUCCGCCUCGGGCGCUUCUUCGUCAUCGCUGCCUCUUCCUGCGGUCUUGACUGCACCCAUUAGGUUGGAUGUCGUGCAACAAGUUCACAAAAGCAUCGCAAAGAACAGGAGGCAAGCAUAUUCCGUUAGCGAGAAAGCAGGUCAUCAGACAAGCGCCGAGUCGUGGGGUACGGGUCGUGCAGUCGCACGUAUUCCGCGUGUUGGAGGUGGAGGAACCCACAGGUCGGGUCAGGCCGCCUUCGGUAAUAUGUGCCGCGGCGGUCGCAUGUUCGCGCCUACCAAGACCUGGCGUAGAUGGCACGUCAAGGUGAACCAGACACAGCGCCGUUUUGCUGUCGUCUCUGCCCUUGCCGCUUCUGCUUUGCCGUCGCUCGUUCUUGCCCGAGGACACCGCAUCGAGGAGAUUCAGGAAGUGCCCUUGGUCAUCGAGAACGGUGCUGAGUCCUUCAAGAAGACGAAGGAAGCUGUCGCCCUUCUCAAGGCCCUUCAUGCAUAUAAAGAUGUUGUCAAAGUUUCCAACUCCCGCAAGCUUCGUGCUGGGAAGGGAAAACUUAGGAAUCGUAGGCACCGUCAACGCCGUGGACCUCUUGUAGUAUACAACGAGGAUAACGGAAUUGUUAAGGCUUUCCGGAAUCUGCCUGGAGUUGAGCUUGUCAAUGUCAGGAGGCUCAAUCUUCUCCAGCUUGCUCCUGGUGGACAUAUUGGCCGCUUCGUGAUCUGGACGGAAGCAGCUUUUGCCCUUUUGGAUGAAGUCUUCGGCACUUUUGACAAGCCAUCCGUCUACAAAAACAACUAUAUCCUCCCAUCUGCAAAGGUCACCAAUCCCGAUGUUACUCGCUUGAUCAAUAGCGACGAAAUUCAGUCUGUGAUCCGCCCCGCCGGCCAGAAGGUCCAGAAACGUCCUUGGACCCAGAAGAAGAAUCCCCUCGUCAACAAGGCGGUUCUCUUCCGUCUGAAUCCCUACGCUAAAACUUUGCGCAGACAAGAGAUUCUCAAGCAGGAGAGGUUGAAGAAAAAGAACGCAGCGAAGCCUAAGCAACCUUCUGCUGCUUCCGAGGCCUUCCUGAACAAUCUUUUUGCACCCUGA